GUUCGCACACUGGAGCAGGAGAACCAGGUGUUGAAGACUAAGUGGAACAUCCUGCAGGGCCAGAAAACGGGGCCCAGUAACAUGGAAAAAAUGUUGAAGGUGUUUAUCAACAGCUUGCAGAAGCAGCUGGAGGACCUGGGGCAACAGAGGGUUAAGCUGGAAUCCGAUCAGGGCAACAUGCAGGACCUUGUGGAAGAGUUCAAGAGAAAGUACGAAGAAGAAAUCAACAACCGGAGUGAGAGGGAGAACCAAUUUGUUCUGACUAAGAAGGAUGUGGACGAGGCUUACAUCAAGAAGCAGGAACUGGAGGUCAAGUUGCAAAGUCUGACCGACGAAAUCAACUUCCUGAUGGAGCUUUAUGCCAAGGAGCUGCGCGAACUGCAGGCCGACGUAGAGAUGUCCAACAACCCCGUGGUCAUAUCCAUGGACAGGAGUCCCAAGCUAGACGUGGACAGCAUCAUUGCGGAGGCCAGAGUGGAGUAUGAGAAGAUGGCUGCGAACAGCCGAGAGGAAGCUGAGAACAAGUAUCGGAUCACGUACGAGCAGAUCCAGGAGAAAGCAGGCCAGCACGGGGAAGAGCUCCGUGUAGCCAAGGCCGAGAUCAACGAGCUGAACUGGAGGAUCCAACGGAUCCAGGCGGAGAUUGCGGCCCUGAAAGAACAGAACGCCAAGCUAGAGGCGGCCAUUGUCCAGGCUGAGGAGCAAGGCAAGCUCGCCGUGGCAGAUGCUACAGGGAAGCUGCAGAAGAUGGAACAUGCCCUGCAGAAGGCCAAGGAGGACAUGGUGGUCCAGCUGCGGGAGUAUCAGGCGCUGAUGAACCUCAAACUGGCACUGGAUAUCGAGAUCGCCACCUACAGGAAGCUGCUGGAAGGAGAAGAGAGCAGGUUGGAUUCCAGUAUGAAAAACCUGAGCAUUCUGACCAAGACAACCGGCUAUUCCAGUGGGAUGAGCACAAGAUUCCCUGGCAAAUUUGGCAGCUCGUAAGCGUUGGCGCUGACCCCGGUUCCUCCCCCCUAGAAAGCUUGACUGAGAAAAAUAAACCUGGGGAUGGAAAAUUGGUGUCCUGCUUCCUCCGGUGUCCUCUCAGAUGGGCCUCUGAUACAUUAGUGCUGUGAUACAUGAAGGGGGGGAGGGGAGUAGCUCCCUUUGAUGAACACCCAGCCAGCCAGUUAGCUGUAAAAUCCCUCUUGG